AACAUCCUUUAAAUGAUUAUAAUAAUUUAGAGGAAUGUGGGGGAAGCGAGCAGAAACAUAUUUGGAAUCUGAUAAUUCAGAUUCGUCAGAGAAAGUCAAAAAAGGAUGGAAUAAGUCCAGAGGAAUGUGGGGAAAACGAUCUGCAUCAGAGCUUUUUGAGCUGAUCAAACGAGAUUGGAAUAAACACAGAGGUACAUGGGGUAAAAGAUCAGAAAGUAGUUUAGAAGAACCUUCAGAGUUAGUUAAAAGAGAUUGGAAUAAGCACAGAGGAACCUGGGGGAAACGGUCUUCUGCAGAAAGCUUGAUUGGUAAUAAAUAA